AUGGGCGCACUCGAGAAGGAUGGGGCCUUGCCACACGACCCGGAGCAGGCCAGGAUAGACCACGAACUUGCUGACUUGGAAAGACUGGGGAGGGAGAGACCAAAAUGCUUCCGUGGAGCUUGGUCAGAGAUCUCCUUUUGUCUUUCAAUCUUCAUGUCUCAAAUUCUGGCUGUAAGUUAUCACCCACUGGAAUGGGUAGAUUUGGUGGCGGAUAGCCUAACCUUCCUCCAGGAAUAUUACAUCUCAGGCUCAAAUGUGCUCCUUCCUACUCUCGUUAAAGAGCUCGAUCUGCCCGAAGCCUCCGCAAUUUGGCCUUCAACAGCACUGUCGUUGGUAGUCACAUCGACACUCCUCAUCUUCGGCCGGUUGACCGAUAUGUUCGGCGGGUAUGCGAUUUACAAUGCGGGAGCUAUCUGGCUCACGAUAUCAUCCAUAUUAUGCGGUGUUUCCCAGACAUGGUUGAUGCUAGUCAUUUGCCGAGCUCUGCAGGGCUUUGCUCUGGCCGCAUUUCUUCCCUCUGGAAUUAUGAUUCUCGGCAGCACCUACAGACCAGGUCCUCGAAAAAAUAUUGUGUUCAGUAUUUAUGGUGCGUGUGCAGCACUGGGAUUCUUUGUGGGGAUUUUCUUCUCCGGUCUCGCCGGCGAAUAUCUUACCUGGAGGUGGUAUUUCUUCUUCGGCGCAAUCUUCUCGGCCAUCACUGCAGCCCUUGCCCUCUUCUCCAUCCCAAGAGACUACGCCGAGAAACGAAAUUCCGGAGUCAAGAUGGACUGGCCAGGGGCAUGCCUUUCCGUUCCCGCGGCGGUACUCAUCGUCUUUGCUAUUGCCGACAGUGCCCACGCACCGCAGGGUUGGAAAACGCCAUACAUCCCUCUAUUCCUUGUGCUCGGGUUGAUUAUCCUUGGAGUGAUGGUUUACGUCGAAGGGUGGGUUGUCACGAACCCCCUUCUUCCUGGCGAUAUCUUCAAAGUGAGAUACAUGCUGCCGCUGGUUGUAUCGUUGCUCCUUUUAUACGGAACAUUGGGUAUAUUCCUGCUCUACGCAGUUUUAUAUAUGUCCGACAUUAUGGGAGCUUCCCCCAUGCAAAUUGUCGCAUGGACCGCGCCCAUGGGAGUAGGCGGCCUGAUUCUCUCGGUUGGAGGCGGAAUGAUAUUCCACAAAGUGCCCGGAACUAUAUUGAUGUUGAUUUCGUGCUUGGGAUAUGUGGGAUCUGGGCUUUUGUUUGCUGUGAUUCCCGUUGGGGGCAAUUACUGGGCAUACGUGUUCCCGUCGAUGAUCUGUGGCACGAUCGGUAUCGACAUCAGCUUCAACCUCGCGAAUGUUUUCAUCACAACCAAUCUCCCCAAAGCAAGACAAGGUCUUGCGGGCGCCUUGAUCAACUGUACGCUGCACAUGGGAAUUGCAGUGAUGCUUGGCUUUGCAGAUAUAGUCCAAACCCAAACCGUCGACCUAGGGACUCGCCGAAGCUACAAAGCGGUCUUUUGGUACGAAACCGGACUGGCAAUCCUGGGACUUAUCAUUGUCGCCUUGUUUGUGAGAAUUCGUGAAGCAAAGAGUGAACUGACUCUUGACGAGAGAGAGGUAAUGGCGGCCACUGCAAAUAAUGAAAGGUCUGGUGAAGUUUAG